ACACGAACACUAAGUAUUUCAGUCGCCUUUUUACUAUAAUACUCCAGCUUGUUCACAACUUAUUUUGCGCAUGCGUGACCACAGUUAGGCGCAGGUUCCAUUUUGCUCUCCCGGUUCGCAUAUCGUUUUACGUACUCAAUUCUCAGACGAAGUCACGCAGUUUUCUGCACUUGUGUCUUAUAACAUAGAACAUAACAUAGAUCAUGGCUCCACCAUCAUAUAAUGAUUUAGGCAAAAGUGCUCGUGACAUAUUUUCCAGUGGAUAUCAUUUUGGCUUAAUAAAACUAGAUGUGAAAACUAAAACUAAGUCUGGUGUAGAAUUCUCUAGUGGUGGAGUAUCCAAUCAAGAUAGUGGAAAAGUAUUUGGUACUUUAGAAACUAAAUAUAAUAUCGAAGAUUAUGGAUUGAAAUUUAGCGAGAAAUGGAAUACCGAUAAUACACUUGCUACUGAUGUUACCUUUUCGGAUAAAUUGCUCAAAGGUCUUACUCUUGGUUACGGUUGUACUUUCUCACCUCAAACAGGGACCAAGACUGGGAAAUUAAAGACAUCUUAUAGCCAUGAUAAUGUAUCUGCUAAUGCUGAUUUUGAUCUUAGUUUGUCUGGUGGUCCUUUAGUAAAUGCAUCAACUGUUGUAGGAUAUCAAGGUUGGUUGGCUGGUUAUCAGGCCUGUUUUGAUACACAAAGAAACAAGCUCACAAAGAACAAUUUUGCUCUUGGAUAUACUGAUUCUGACUUCAGUCUUCAUGCAGCAGUGAAUGAUGGUUGUAACUUUAAUGGUCUCAUUUAUCAUAAAGUAAAACCAGAACUAGAAGGUGCAAUUAAUCUGCAAUGGAAUUCAAGUAACAAUGUGACACAGUUUGGAAUUGCUACAAAAUAUAAUCUUGAGCACGAUGCAUCUAUUAGAGCUAAGAUUAAUUCUAAUCUCCAAAUAGGUUUGGGAUAUCAACAAAAAUUACGUGAUGGUGUAACUUUGACACUUUCUACAAAUAUUGAUGGAAAGAACUUUGGCUCUGGUGGACAUAAGAUUGGUCUUGCAUUAGAUCUUCAAGCUUAAGUAUGAAUGAUUAUAGACACAGAAAGACUUGACUCACAUGAAAGAUCAUUUUAUGACCUUUGUGUCAUAAUGACAGUAUCACAGUACAUGCUUCAAAUAAAGUAUUGCCUAUAACAUAUAGAUAGGUUUAUCCCAAAAUAGAUGCCACAAUUAUAUAUAAUAUAUAUAAAUAUGGUAUGGUAACAGCAUCUUAUGAACAAUAC